ACAGGAAACAGACAGACAGACUCACCUGCAGGUCACCUGCUUUGUGCUCAUCUUCCUCGCGGAGCUUCUGCUACAACUGCGGCUUCAGAGUUGUCACUUCGGUGUCCCCCUCAAACCGUUCCGACUGAGAGCCGCAGUCACAGCACGAAGGUUCCUGUGAGCUUUAUCUGACGGAAAGCAGAGAAAGUAACGGAGUACUUUUACUCAGGUACUGCGCUGCAGGACACACCUGAUGCACACGAACUUCACCUGAGUGUUUCUGUUCUACGCUGCCCCUCGUUUCCUCCCUGGAGGAAGACAGGGUUAGCUGCACCUGAACGCAGCACUUUUACCUGAACAUAAGGUUCCAACACGGUUCUACCUGCACAUGUACGGUCUGUGGGUAUUUCCUGAAAUCAGGUUUGUUUCACGGUGCUCUCAGUUCUUCAGAGGGAUGGGAGGUGAGCAGGUGAGUGUGGAAACACCUGGAUGACUGAGACCCUUCAGGUGUACGGAGAGUCGUUAGAUCUGUGCUCCGUCCUCUGCAGUACUGACACACUAUUUUUACACUGUUGGAUUCAGAGCUUCAUUCAUCAGGUAAAAGAUUUUAAAUUCAAAGAAACUUUAUUGACGUGAAGUUGCCAAACAUCAAAAUACAACACAAAGAACAAGUAAACAUCAAAAUCCAUGGACAUGCAUUAUACAGUUACUGUUUAGUGUGUGUGUCCAGGUGAUUCACGGUCCCUCAGUUGAUUGGUGUUACAGAUCCAGCUGUGGCCCCGCCCCCACCUGUCCCCGGGUUCCUUCCUACCUGUCCGGAGUCCUCAUGGAGCUCAGAGAUCUGCUGCGGUUCAGACACUGCGGCAGAACCGUCUACACGCUGGACGGUCUGGCAGUUUCGGCGGGACCGCGGUGUCCGGUGUGCGUCCAGUCGGUGCGGGUCGGCCUGAUGGAGGCUCCGGUCCGGAUCCAGACUCCGGUCAGAGACGGACACAGGGCGGCCUGCUGCUUCCUCAUCACGUCCCGGCACGGAGCGGCCGGGUUCAGUGCACAGAACCACUCUGAGCUUCAUGUCGGCAUCUCCAGCUCUGAAGGCAUAGUAUUCAGUUAUACAGAGUCGGGGCUUCAGUGUCAGCAGCAGGGGUGGGAGCAGAGCAUCAUUGUCCCUCUGGUUGCCCCUAGCGACGACUGUCUGAGUUUCAGGACACUGUGGGACGAACAGCUGGAGUGGUUUAGUCGUCUGAACAGCUGGACAGCAGACAGGUUCCAGGAGCAGAGGGAGUUUGGGUCUUGUUGCUAUGGUUUUGCUCUAAGCUUCAUCAACCAUGUGAUCAGGUCAAAAGGCAGGGAGCCAAUCAGCAGACAGCGUUUCACAUCUGAGUACAUCCUGCCCAGGAUGGAGGCGGCCUGCAGGUAUCUGUCGGUGUAUCAGCACGUCUGCCUUCACGGAUUCUACAGCACCGCAGAGUGAGUCCGUCCCUCGUCCCCGAGCCACCGACCAGCUCGGCCUGUUCGCUGGAAACAGUCAGCUGAGAGUUCCUCUCUGUCCCAGGUGCUCUGAAUGCUCCUCCGGCUCCGUGUAUGUGCUGGAAACAGCCCCGCCCCCACAGGAUGCCUGAGUCAUGCAUUAGAUCCGUGUAUUUGCUGGGAAAGCCUCACUCUUCAGUUUUCCUGAACCACCUGGUGGUUUGGUCUAUUUGCUAGAAACAAUCAGCUCUCCCCUGAAUUACCUGCUGGUCCAGUGUAUUUGCUGGGAAUGCUUCACUCUCCUGGGCCUCAUAAACUACUCUACAGCUUGAUGUAACUGUGAGGAGCAUUCUGCUCUCCAGCUCUGUGUAUUUGUUGGAAACACUGGAGUCUCCCAGGCCCCUGAACUGUCUGCUGGUCUGGUCUAUUUACUGGGAACACUGGUCUGAGGUCUGAAAAUAAAAACCAGAAAU